CCCGCCCCUCAGCUGGGAGCUCGCAGCGAGCUGGUGCAAACUUCAGAGCUGAGCUGAAGCGGCGCAGCGCGGAGCCGGGCAUGGGGUAGCCACUCCGACGUACUCUGCUCCUCACCAUGUAGGCGAGCCUCCUGGCAUCGCUCCGCCUGCACCGAGUUAGUACCGGGCCCGGGGGGACCAUGCGGAGCGCCCCGGCCGCCGGGCUCCUGCCGCUGCUCCUGGGACUCCGGCUGCUGCUGAGCGGCGGCGCCGCGGCUCAGUACUCCAGCGACCUGUGCAACUGGAAGGGGAGUGGCUUAACUCACGAGUCUCACAAGAAGGAUGUUGAACAGGUCUACCUCCGCUGUUCUGAAGGGUCGAUAGAGUGGAUGUAUCCCACGGGAGCCCUCAUUGUCAACCUGCGACCCAAUACUUCACCUGCCUCUUACAAACAUUUGACUGUUUGCAUAAAGCCCUUCAAGGACUCUGCAGGAGCAAAUAUUUAUUUGGAAAAAACUGGAGAACUGAAACUCUUGGUCCGAGAUGGAGAUUGCAGCCCCAGUAAGGUGUAUUGCUUUGGCUAUGAUCAGGGGGGCCUGUUCAUUGAGGCCACUCCUCAGCAGGACAUUAGCAGGAAGAUUACAGGCUUCCAGUACGAAUUGAUGAGCAAGGGGAUGGCAUCUGAUUUGCACACAGUUUCUGCUCCCUGCCGACCAUGCAGUGACACAGAGGUCCUCUUGGCUGUCUGCACUAGUGACUUUGUGAUCAGAGGCUCCAUUCAGAGCGUGACAAACCAGGCAGAAGAGCAAGAGUCCAUAAUUCACGUCGGUGUCAACAAACUGUACAGGCAGAAGAGCAAAGUCUUUCAGCUCACAGGGGAGAGUGGGAACUGGCAAGGACAAAUAAAGACCCCGCUGGAGUGUGGGGUGAAACCAGGAGACGGUGACUUCCUUUUCACAGGACGCAUGCACUUUGGGGAGGCCAGGUUAGGCUGUGCCCCUCGUUUUAAAGACUUCCAAAGGAUGUACAAAGAGGCAAAAGACAAAGGGCUGAACCCAUGUGAAAUUGGCCCAGAUUGAAAUCCCCUGUUUGGCUGAAGAUUGCUUUGAGCAUCGGGUCAGGAAUAUUUCCUGGCUGUGGUGAAAACUCUGAACAAAACUGGUAACUGAGAGCAUGGCCAGAUCUGGAGUGCAGGCUGAAACCCCACAGGACACGCCUGCAGCCUGCAGUGCUGUUAGACUGAUGGAAGCUACAGAGGUACGAGCUCAGAAGGCUGCCAAGCAAGCAAGGCUGGAUUUUUAACCAAUCUUGUCCUUACGAAUUAAGUUAUUAUAUUUUUUUAGUGACUUCCUUAGGAAAACAAAGACAACUCCCACGUCUUAAUAAAAACCGAAAUGAAAGCCAA